AUACGACAACUGCGUCGAAAUUUGCAAACAUUUAGCAGUCACUCGAAUGUGAGCAGUCAGUCGGAUCAAAGUUUCGACAGUGCCGAUUCACCACAGCAGUCGCAGCUCUCUCCGUUUCAUACACCUGCUUCUGCCUCUGCAUCACAGCAAGCCACGAAUCCCGGCAGUCCAUCAGUCGAGUCCUUCAUCAGUCCAUCGCAUUCAGGAUUUUCACGGUCGUAA